AUUAAUUGCUUCUCAUGGAUGAUUAUUCAAAGCAGUCCUAAGGUUUUAAUUUAAUUACAAAAAUACCUUAGGAUACUUCUUUGACUACAACUCUACAAAUACCCUUCAAAGAUUUUUACUACAAAUAGCUUGCUUAGUAGCAUUAUUUGCAACGUAUUGAGAUUCUGAGAUCUACUCCUUUUGUGCAUAUGAUUCUAUUGCUAGAUUUGCAAUUUUUUUUAUAAAUGCAUAACGUGGAAUACAUGGAGUAUCGUUUGUUAUAAUUUUUUUUUACAAUUUCUUCUACAUUAUGAUAUACUACUACUAUUUGAUCCAAGCAAAACUGAUUAUUUGAUGUAGUAUUUCAACAAAUAAUACAAACAACUCAAUAAAGGUAAUGUCAUCAAUGUCACGUGCGAGCAUUGGCAAUGGGGAGCCAAUCUUCCGGGCCCAUGAUCGGCCCCUCUCACUCACUCCAAAUAGCCGUUCCAACGGCCAUGGUCGAUCACCAUAGGGCCAUAAUCGGUCCACCAAUCAAAUUAAUAUUUUUUGAAAUUAUUUUUAAACCCUCUACAUAUACUUCCAUAUCUCAUUAUUUACAUUUACGGAUUCACCCCUUCAUUCUCACUCUAUACUUCUUUUUAUCUCUCUAGACAAUGAAUUUCGACAAUUCUUCACAAAAUUCCGGUUAUGAAACUAAUAUAUCGGCGGAACCCAAUUUCCCGCUUGGAAUCAAUUUUACUUUACUCAUUUUUUCUUCUCUUUUACUUUAUCAAUUUCUUAUUAAAACUCGUGUUGUCCACAAAUGAAAUUAUUUAUUUUAGACGGUGGGAGUAUCAUUUAACUCAUUGGUUACUACUGUCCACAUAUAAUACCAUAAGUGUCAUAUUAGACGAACAAUUUCAAACUUAAUAAUUUUUUCAACUAAAUUUUUAUAAUAAUACAUAAUUGACCAAAUUUGAUUAUUUUUUCACAGAUAAACCUUUAUGAUAUCGUGCAUCCGAUACAAUUUACAUGGAUUAUGUUACACACCAUGUUGGAGCACUAUACAUUAUACAACCAUGUAAAACGUUAAACGUUACGAUAGCACCCUGUCGUCGUUAACUUUCCUUGGAAAGCUUGUAAUAAAAGUAAUAAUUUCCCUGAAAGUUAGGUCUCCAAAAUAAAGAUAAGAUAAAAAAUUAUAGGCAUAAUUUUUUAAAAGAGAAACAUAAGCAGUUUUACUAAGAGACAGAAUUUCAAAUAACGAGCAAUAGAAGAGUGACACCUCACCCUGCCUAAACAUAACUACUAUCACCAUCUUUCGACACGUGUUCGGCUCAGAUCUCUUCCCUCUUCUCCCCAACACAGAGUCGGUUAUUUUCCAUAAACCCGUCGCUUUCCAUUUCUUCCCUCACCAAAAAACCCAAUUUCAAUUUUCGCGAACCCAAAUUCAAUCCGAUUUCCCCAAACACAGAUUGGAUUUCUCCUUCUAUAUUCUACACGCUACUCAAAUCUUCUUACCUUUGCUUGAUUCAUUAUUUUGAUUCCGCGUCUCUGGAUUGGAUGAGCUGAAUUUGAAGUGUUUGAUCAUACAUGGUGUCGGUGUACCGGAGUCCACCGCCGGAUCAGGAUUUUUCGCAUUUUCGCGGUUUUUACAUGAGCGGAGAUCCCUCGAAAAUGCCGGCAGCGGAUGGAGGUAAAGGUAUUCUGCUUCCGAUGGCACCGGAAGUGAAUGCGGCCGAUGAUGCGAAUAAGAAGAUCCGGAAGCCUUACACGAUCACGAAAUCUAGAGAGAGCUGGAGUGAGCAGGAGCAUGAUAAAUUUCUCGAAGCGCUUCAGCUAUUUGAUCGUGACUGGAAAAAGAUUGAAGCAUUUAUUGGGUCAAAGACAGUUAUCCAGAUACGCAGCCAUGCUCAGAAGUAUUUUCUCAAAGUCCAGAAGAAUGGUACAAGCGAGCAUGUACCUCCUCCACGUCCAAAGAGAAAAGCUGCUCAUCCUUAUCCACAGAAGGCCUCAAAAAAUGUUGUACCUCGAACCGCAGGUCCUGGGCAAUCUUCAGUUGCUCAAGUGGAGACCGGGUAUGCUGUAAGACGCGAUCCGUUUUCAGUUCCCAGUAAUCCUAUCAGCAGUUCACCAUUGUCUUCUUGGAGUUACAAUGUUGUGCCGGCAGGAUGUUUGCCAAAUAUUGCAAAAGACGAUGUUGGAUUAGCUAGUGUUGCCAAUAAUUAUAGCAGUAGCAGCAAUGAUUGCACUCCACGUGUAUGGAAAUCUAAUGAGAUGGAUCAUGAAGUAAAAGUGAAGCAAUGCAACACAACAAAAGAUAUGCCAGAUUUUGCUCAAGUUUAUGGUUUCAUUGGUAGUGUCUUUGAUCCUACUGCAACUGAUCACCUGCAAAGACUAAGGAAAAUGGAGCCUAUAAAUGUUGAGACGGUACUCAUGCUGAUGAAGAACCUGUGUGUCAAUUUGGCGACCCCUGAAUUUGAGGAUCAUAGAAAGUUGCUCUCUUCAUAUAAAGUGGCAACCGAAAAUGUCAGUGCUGGGAGUGAAAUCCAGUCUGCAUAGAGUCCUUGAAAAGCAUUAUCUGAAUCUGAACCUCAAGAGCUCGCUAUCAUCAAAAAUUGGUGGAGAUGUUUCUACUUGUUGCUUUAUGAUGGUGGCGAUAGUUGCAGCCUUGGAUGAUGGUGUUGUUGAAGCACUUCCUUGUACCGUCUCGAUGGCCAUGGUGUUAUCCUAGAAGUUUGUUAGCUUAAGAGAGAGAGAAUGAUGAUUUGAGUGGUUGGUGUGUGUGAUCAAGUGUUGGGAGUAGGUUUCUCUGUUCAUGUACAGUCUUGGCUUCUUCUCAUGAUUUCUUCAGAGUUCAUGCAAUGUUUUGGUGUUAGUAAUUUAAUAGUAGUUAGUAUGUUGGAAAGCAAACACUCCUAUGCAAGAUGAUCGAUUUGAUUAGUUGCACAUAUAAAUAAAUAAACCUUUGAAGUUGGCAUUGUAA